AUGAGCACCUUACAAAAUUCAAAUUUGAUCGCUGCUGUUAUUGGUGCUACUAUUGGGGUUAUAAGUGUUGCUAUGUUUAUUUAUAAUAGAGUAAUGGAAAACCAGCAACAUUCAAAUAUGAGCAAUAAUAUAGACAACGUAAAUCGCAAAGUUUUGGCAUUGCAAGCAGAGUUAGAUGAAUUAAGAAAUCAACAGGCACAUUUACAAAAAAAUAAACAAAAAAAAAUACAAAGAAAAGCAUGUUCUAAUGAUAAUUCACAUUCAGGAACUGAUAAUGUUGAUAUUGAUACUUACUCGAUAACAGGUACUGAUGCUGGAGACGAUGAAUUCUUUGAUUGUUCAGAUGAUGAAGAAGAUAUAGACAAUGGGACAACUGAAGAAUCAAUAGAAGACGAUCCAACAUUUUUGGAACUCUUUACGGAAUGUGAAAAAGAUCUUUUACAUUUAAAUUCAUAUAAUAAAUUAAAAAUUUUACUGAAUAAAAAUCCAUAUAAUGUAGAAAUUGUAUGGAGAUUUGCAAGAUCAUGUUAUUAUUGUUCAUUGAAAGACAAUAAUAGAAUUGAAGAUUAUAUUUGUGAAGGUUGUGAUGUUUGUGAAAAAGUAUUGGAUGUCGAACAUGGGAAAUUGUAUGAAUGGUAUGCUAUUCUUAUUGGUGUAAAAAGUAGAUUUUUACCAGUAAAAGAAAAAAUUAUAAGUGGAUUUCGCUUCAAAAUGUAUUUAGAAAAAGCUCUUGAAAUGAAUCCAAAUAAUGGAUACUUGUAUUAUCUUAUGGGACGAUUUAAAUAUGAAAUAUCUGAAUUAAAUUGGUUUGAGAAAAAAGCUGCAGCUAUGUUUGUUUCAGAGUUACCAAGUGGUAGUUAUAAUGAUGCAAUUUUAGACUUCGAAAAAGCAGAAACAUUAUCAAAAGAACCCAAUUACGUAAAUAAAUUAUAUUUAGGUAAAAGUUACAUUGCUAUAGGAAAAGUUCAAAAAGGAGUCGCUUAUCUUUCUUUAGUGAAGGAUAUGGAAAUAACUAAUAUUGAGGAAGAAAAAGUUUUAAGUGAGGCAGAAAUAUUGUUAAAAAAAUAUUCGAACUAUUAUACAGAACUAUAAAGUGAAUGCAUAGUGUUUCAAAACAAAUUAUUUGAAUAUACCAUAUUCAUAUUUCUGGUACACCAAUGGAUUUAUGCAUUUAUAAACUAUAAAAUUUUGGAACAUAUAGACGUAUUCGUGCGCGUAUGCGGACUCCCCUCUCUCACACGUACAUGAUUUGGUAAAUUAAAUAUAAUAAAUUUGUAUUGAAGUAGGUGUAAUUUUUUUUUCUAUUCCAAUAAUUUUGUUAAUAUUUGACAUCAGUUGUUAUUUGAUUAUGAAAGGAAUCUUGCAUUAAUAAAGUAAUUUCACAAUGGA